AAGAGAAGGGGGUACGGUUUUGUUAGUCAGUCAAAAACAAACUCGCGAGACAUCUGCUUCUCAGUGGUGUUUAAAAAUGAAAUUGAAACUUUAUCUGGUAGUGCUAGUACUUUUUUUCGAAGGAAAACUGUGCGAUCUAUUUCCAUUCGAUGACCCCUUUUUUGAAAGUGAACCAGUGGAACCAGUUGGACCAGUGGCAACUAUUCCGACACUCGGCCAGGUGCGUGGGUCCCAAAUGACUUCACAAGUCGGCCGAUCCUUCUACGCUUUCCGGGGUAUCCCGUACGCAAAACCUCCAGUCGGAGACCUUCGUUUCAGUGAUCCAUUGCCUGUUGAUCCUUGGUUAGGAGAGACUCUCGAUGUCACUCGUGAAGGCCCCACUUGUAUACAAUAUAAUACGCUUGUGCAAUUUAUCCUUGGUAAGGAAGAUUGCCUGAAACUCAAUAUCUACACUCACGAUUUGGAUUUCGCGAAUAGCACAAGAGCUGUUAUGGUUUGGAUUCACGGUGGAUCUUGGUUCAUGAGUAGUGGUAACGGCGGUUUGACCGAUAUAUACGGACCUCGUUAUUUACUUGAUCGCGAUAUUGUCCUGGUGACGAUUAACUACCGACUUGGCCCAUUCGGUUUUUUAACUACUGAAGACGCUGAAGCUCCAGGAAACUAUGGACUGUUGGAUCAGACAAUGGCAUUAAGAUGGGUACGUGACCAUAUUCGCUAUUUCGGUGGCAACCCGGAUGCAGUUACCAUUUUUGGCGAAAGUUCUGGGGCUGCAAGUGUGCAACACCAUCUUUUAUCACCUCAUUCCAAAGGGCUGUUUCAUCGGGCUAUCGCUCAGUCGGGAUCAGCGCUCAAUCCUUGGUCGAUAGAAAAAUCAGUUGGUGAAUACUCUAGAUUGUUGGCCAAGGAUUUGGACUGCCUAUCUUCAAAUUCCAGUGAGGUAUUGUCCUGUCUACGUAACAAACCCGCCAGGGAGUUGGCAAUUUUCCGGAAAAAAAUUGAAGUUUUUAAAAUUAUCCCAAUCGCAUUCGGACCUCGUGUUGACACCGAAAGGGAAUUACCAUUUAUGCCAGAUGAACCGAAAAAUCUCAUUGAACAGAAACAAAUCAAUGAAGUUCCAUUAAUUAUGGGACUGAACGAAAACGAAGGAGCUUUUACCAUUGCAAUGCUUCUUUCUAACAACGGUACCCUUUUGAGGAAUUUUAGCGAAGACCCUUUGAAAUAUCUGCGAUCCCUUUUGGGCGUUGAAAAUACAAAGAACGGUGAUCAGGUUAUUAAUCGGAUAGAAGGGCAAUAUUUUACUCCAAACAAGACUUUCGAGAAUCAAUUAAUUGAACUAGAACAGAUGAUUUCCGAUUACGCCUUCUUUAAAGGAAUAGACGAUGCAGUUCAUUUGUUCAGCAAGUUUAGCGACCAACCGACCUAUUACUAUUUGUUCGGAUAUCGAGGUCAGCUCUCGGUGACUUCACUUUUGGGUUUAUCUCCUGAUUUGAAUUUGGGUGUCAGUCACACGGAUGAACUCUACUUUAUGUUUACGAACGACUUUCUUCCCCGUUUGAAUUCUACGAACGACAUAACAGUAUCGAAGCUUCUAUUAGACUUGUGGACUACAUUUGCGCAAGAUGGUGUACCUCAAAGUGACCUAGUGAAUGGUGGAUGGUGCCCAAUAGAAGUAGAUCAAACACAGUACCUCAAAAUCGAUGCUGAAUAUCCUGCCAUGAUGAAUCAGUCGAUGCCGUUCCACGAUCGCCUAGCCUUCUGGAAUCAAGACUUUAAUCCUUCCACUGUGUGAGAAAAUGUUAAUUUUAAUGUUUUGCAAUGAUAAGAAUGACGACUCAAGCGCGAUGAUUUUUCCAUUAGUAACAAACAAAACAUAUCCAUAUUAACUUGGUAAAAGGGGAACUUCUGUUAGAAUUUUUUAAGUUUCGUAUACACUUAUUGAUAGCAAA